UCUAAACACAUCACCGCCGCUGCGCGCGAGCCGGAGUAAUCCAACACUGAUUUCUCCACGAAAAGAGAAAGAGUGAGCGAGGUGCGGGACAGGGGGAUGCCAGACAAGGCGAAGCGUUGCUGAGACUUGAGAAGAACAAGAAAAGAAGUGACAGAGAAGAAGAAGGAGAAGAAGAAGAAGAAGAAAGGGAAAAAAAGCACGGAGAGGAGGAAAAAGAAAGAAGGGGGAAGAAGCAGCUCCGGAGCGGCGUGCUCGUUUUCGCUUUCAUGAACUUUUCCGAGCGGUGACCAUGAGCUAGUGUGCGGCGGGGUAUUGUUUCUACUUAUCGUCCGGUCCGCCAGAGGAAGCUAAUACACGCGCAAAACCAAACAAAAAAGAGGAAGGACUAUAAUAAAGACCAACGAAGUCAUCUGAAAGUAAUGAUUCCGCGAUAUUGAUCACAGAUCGCAGGGUCCCUUUUUUUUUUUUUUUUUUUUUGCUUGUUUUUUUUUCCCCUUUUUUUUUGUGCUCGCAUCCUCCUGCGUCUCGGCGGUGUGUGUGAGUGUGUGAGCGGCUUUUGGAAAUCACCGGGACGUUUCAGCCAACCUGGGAGCGAGAACAUCCACAUGGUCGAGCGCGCGCCCUGAAAGUUCACUUCUUCCGAGUUUGCCAACAGGUGCCACGUGAUGAUGGUAGAAUCAGCAACUGAGACCAUUCGAACAGUGUCCUCCAACCAAAACGGAGUCAGCAGCCUGACCAGCCAAUCGGAGGGCGGAGGAAGGGAGGGCGGGUCCAACGGUGACGCCAAUGGGGAGAUCAGCCCCGUGGAUUUACUGCACCUUCAACAGCAGCAGGCUCUCCAGGCAGCACGCCAGUUCCUUCUUCAACAGGCCACAGGACUCAGCUCGCCCAGCAGUAACGAGGUCAAACAGAGCCCUGUACAGGUGCCCGUGUCCAUGGCAAUGAUGACCCCGCAGAUGAUCACUCCUCAGCAGAUGCAGCAGAUUCUUUCACCUCCACAGCUGCAGGCGCUGCUCCAGCAGCAGCAGGCUCUCAUGCUGCAACAGUUGCAGGAGUACUAUAAGAAACAGCAGGAACAGCUGCAUCUUCAGCUUCUCAGCCAACAGCAGCAAGCAGGGAAGCAGGCCAAAGAGCAGCAGCAGUUGGGCAGCAAACAGCUGGCUUUCCAGCAGCAGCUGAUCCAGAUGCAGCAGCUGCAGCAGCAGCACAUCAUCAACCUUCAGAGGCAAGGCCUUGUCGGAAUACAACCCAGCCAAGUCCCCAUCCAGGGCCUGCAGCAAGCCAUGUGUCCCACGGACCUGCAGCAGCUGUGGAAGGACGUGGCGGGCGUGCAGAACGCAGACGAGCCCAUCAAGCACGAGGGCCUCGACCUGAGCACCAACAGCUCCAACACUACCUCAUACACGGCCUCCAAAGUCUCACCUCAGAUCCCCCACCAUCCUUUGCCAAAUGGACAGAACUCCAUGCACACUCCAAAGAGAGACAGAGCAAGACUCUUUGAGUGGAUCUCGUCCUUCACCAAGGGGGAGUCCAGUGACGAGCAUCUCACCCCUUACCCCAAAGGCACUCCUCUACAGAGUACCCAUUCAUCCCAUGAGGAACACACAGCUUCACACCCACUCUACGGCCACGGAGAGUGUAAGUGGCCCGGCUGCGAGGCGCUCUGCGAAGACAUGGGCCAGUUCAUUAAACACCUCAACAGUGAACAUGCCUUGGACGACCGCAGUACAGCCCAGUGUCGGGUGCAGAUGCAGGUCGUUCAGCAAUUGGAGAUACAGCUGGCCAAGGAAAGCGAGCGUCUGCAGGCCAUGAUGACCCACCUGCACAUGCGUCCAUCAGAGCCAAAGCCUUUCAACCAACCACUGAACUUGGCGUCGAGCGCCUCUCUGUUGAAGCGGGACAGCGAGCCUUUCCCCGAGGGUUUACCUCACCCUCCCACUUCGGCUGCAGCUCCCAUCACCCCCCUUAGGCAGGGCCCGUCCGUCAUCAGCUCCUCCAGCCUACACGGUGUCGGUCCCAUCCGCCGGCGCAAUUCCGACAAAUACUGCACCCCCAUUGCAUCUGAGCUCGCGCAGAAUUGUGAAUUCUACAAAAACGCUGACGUCAGACCACCGUUCACGUACGCUUCUCUGAUACGGCAUGCUAUUCUUGAAUCCCCCGAGCGACAGCUGACUCUCAAUGAGAUCUACAACUGGUUUACACGAAUGUUCGCCUAUUUCAGGAGAAAUACAGCAACCUGGAAGAAUGCCGUGCGCCAUAACCUGAGCCUUCACAAAUGCUUUGUGCGAGUGGAGAACGUCAAGGGUGCUGUUUGGACUGUGGACGAAGUGGAAUACCAAAAGAGGAGACCACCAAAGAUGACCGGAAGUCCCACUCUGGUGAAAAACAUGAUUUCUGGAUUGGGCUUUGGCUCCUUGAAUGCCAGCUACCAGGCGGCGCUGGCGGAGAGCAGUUUGAGCCUCCUGAACAGCCCCACGCUGAUAAACAACAACACAGGAGCCAGCCUCAACAUGCUGCACAUAGGUCAUGAUGAUGUGAGCAGCACCGUGGAACAGGUGAACAGCAAUGGCAGCUGCAGCCCCGGCCUGUCUCCACAACAAUAUGGACACCAGAUCCACGUGAAGGAGGAACCCGCAGAGCUUGAGGAGGACAGCCGGCCCGUGUCCCUCAUUGCGUCCGUCACUCAGAACCUGAGCAUGCCCAGUGACGAGCGCGACAUGGAGGAGGAACUUCCCACGGAGGAGCUGGAGUAAAGGUGGGCGGGGUUUUGCCGUGCCCGCCUUUCCUUCUUGCGCAAGGCCUAAAUAACCACAAAGAGGAAAAACAAAGAGAGAUGAUACAUAAGCAACCCCAACACCAAGAAACCAAAACAGGGUGUACCCCUCAUCAGUCCAUCGUGCAUUUUAUUUUUUGUCUUUUUAGCUUGGUUUUGAUUUUUUAUGUCUCUCUACUUUUCCUCAGUUGAUCUCUUCACUAAGAAAAUGUUUUAAAGUCCCAGAGACAAGUUCUAAGCCACUCGUGUAUUUGAGACUGGUGCAGCCGGUUUGUAUCUCGUACUCGGAACAGUCCGUCUCAGACUGACGGGCAAACGCAUCACGAGUCCCCCAAAGCGUCUCACUCUGCUCUUACUGUCUUAUCAGCUUUAGUUCAUUUUUUUACUUAUUUGUUUUGCCUGAGAACUGCUUUGGGAUAAAAAUGCAGCUGUGGUUUACCUCGGAAUGACGUUCACACAUCCAACAAAGGAAAACAUGAACUAAACCAUUAGAAUGAACUGGUUCAAUCCUGGACUUUUAGGUUCUGUCAGGGGUGUGAUGCCCCUUUGCUGAACAAAAUAAAAUUGAAAAAAAAAAAAAAAACCACCAAGGGAUCAAAACAUGACCAGAGCAACUGACUCCCUUUGUCCUACCCUGACCUUUGACCUUAAGAUUUCUGGACUCUUGAAAAAAAGAGGGGUGGAGUUUUCCAGUCUUGGAGCAGUGUUAACAUUUUGUGAUGGCUAACCGGCUCAAUCUGUCUUCGUCUGACAUCUGAUGGCGAGAAACCAAACAGCUCUCUCUUUCUACUUUUGUUAGACCAGUCGAAGAAAAAAAAAAGAUGAAAUUGCCGUCGUCCCCCGGAAAAAAAAGACAUCUUUUUCAGGAAAAGGAACCAGGACCAACUGGUGUGUCAGCACUGGCAGCAAUGAUGAGGCGUCAAAGCUCAGAGACAUGACUUAACUUUGAUUCGAACGUGUGUGACGUAGCUUCUUGAUGCUCUUUUAAACAUUUAUUUCACAUUCAUUAUUUCACAGUCAGCGACUUCUACAGGAUCAGCCUUUCACAUUGUGGUGUACUUUAGUUAUAAAUAUGUAGGUUGAUUUUCUGUUGUUAUUGGGUUUUUUGGUUUUUUUUUUUAAAACUGAUGAAUUGUUAUCAUUCCAAAUGGGCUGGGUUUUCCUUUACCCAAAAUGCUCCAUUACCUAUUACUUAAAGAUUAUUGAGAAGAGCACUUACCAUCAAGGUAGCAACAGAAACAAGGACUACAAAAGAAACAGAGGACAUUUAAUACCAGGAACAUAGGCUCGAUCAAAGUGGGUUUGAAUGUGCAGGUUCUCUGUAAUAUCCCUCCCUACAGGCACUCUUUUUUUUUUCCUUUUUUUAUUUAACAUUUAACAUUUAAUUUCAGAAAUUCCUCUUGAAAUUCAGCUGCGAUACAAAGCGUUGUUUUAAAGAGAUGAUAUUGUGGUCACAGAAUACCUCAAUCCAUGGUAUUCCCUCGCAAUGUCAGGGGGAUUCUUACUGUGGCCUAACUAUUUCAAAGAUUUAUACAUCAUCUAGAUAUACGAAUGCUUAUCGAAAUGUCUGAUCAGCAUGUGAGAUUUACAAACUUUAGCUUUCACCGAACUUGGAUAAACACAUAAACAUUCAUGGCAGUGGCAUACCAAAUUCAAUUUUUAAUUUCAUUUCUUCUUUUUUUUCUCUCCCAAUUUAUUUUCGUUACAGGUUACCAAAGAGAUUUGUAGUAAACCAAAUACCCUCCGAUUUUUAAAUUUCUUGUCUUUUCUUUUCUUCUUACUAAAGAAACUGUCCAUAAAAAAGUUAUUCCUUAAAUUAUUAUGCUGUUAUUUUAUUGUUGUUGUUUUUUUUUUUUUAAGUUGAAUAUUAAGUGAUCUGUUAAAGACUUCUAGUGCAGAACAUUCCAAAAACCAAAGUGUGAGAUGCAAAAGAGAAUUUGGUGGUUACACUGUUUUAAAUAUAGUAUGUAAAGUGAAUGAGUUAAUCCUAUGGGGUGUAAGGCCAAAAAGAAGCAGUAUUGUCAAGCCUCUUUCAGUUCCUUAGAUGAUAAAGCACUUAACAAAAUAAAUAAAUAAAUAAAGCUCUACCCUCUCAUGCUCAGGCAACGGCAAAGUGUUAAGAACACAACCUUCGAAAACGCCUCAAGGUCUCAGAUAUGAAUACUUUUACAGACAUAAGGCACUUGAAUGACAAAUGCUCAAUAUACAAAUACUCAUUUUUCAUUAGAUUGUUUUUAUUUUUCAACAAAACACUCAUUUUUCACAUUGCCUUUGGUUUUAUUGACGGAGUCCAUUGAACAUUACUGUUUCAAACAUUUCAAACGUAUUCAUCUGAAGGAUAACCAACAGGAGAUAAAUAGACAUCUGUUCAAAAAAGAUAUACAAAACAGACAUUUGAGGGACAGCUUCAAUGACAAUUGCACUUCAACAAUCGUGUUUAAUCUGAGAGGAACUUUUUAAACAAAACACACUCAUUCUUUUUUUCUGUUUUAACUGAGGUUUGUUUAAUGCACCUGCUAAAGGAAUAUUUCAUUUCAUUCUUUACACACACAAAAAAAGAUAAAAACCAAAAAUGUUGCUACCUCCUUUUUGAAAUAGUCCACAGAAUAAAUGGCCAAUGAAAAACAUCCAUAGUUAUAUACACCGUCUUGUUUCCCAUUCAUCCUUUAAAAAAAAACCACAAAACCAAAAUAUGCUUGUGAACAAAAAGCUUGUCUGGCGAUCCUUGAUCCUGAAUUCAUUUGCAUGAAUGAAACCAAGCAAACAACACACACCAUGCUGACAAAAAAAAGUAAUAACUACCUCUCCCCUUCCAAAAAAAAUAAAAAAUGCUGAGUCUUGUUAAGUGCGAAGCAUUAAACGGUUACCAUUAUUUAAAAAGGUCUAUUCCAAAUUGCGCGUCCACCAUCUUUAAGCGAUCUAUUAGCAUAGUGUCUGUGUACAGGUCUGCGGCGAGGAGGCAUUAAUUGCGCGCUCUAAUUCCGCAUGCAUAACGAGGGGCCAGGCCCUGCUUUAAGCCAAUGAGGCGGCCGGUCAUUAGAGUGCGCUCAAUGGGCCAGUGUCAGAAAUGAUGAUGGGCAGAAUGCAUUAACGCAGGUCCUCUCGUUCAAACACCCCAAUCCCCCCCCCACGUCCGGCUUUCCAAUUAACGCAAAGCAUGGCUUUAUGGCGGCUUCGGGUCAGGGGGAAAAAAAGAGCACAGACGCCCGCACUGAGCAGCGCAGUUGAGUGUAGCAGUGACUAAUGACUAGUUUUUUUUUUUUAUUUUUUUUUUUUUGUGUUGUUGUUUGUUUGUUUUGUUUUUUUUCAUCCUGUAGAUCACUCAAAAGACGAGCUGCAAAGAAGCCGGCUAAGUAGUGCUGGUGAAACCAAAAUAUCCCAAAGAUAAACAUAGAGCUUAAACGUCCAUGCUAAAGAUGACUACGAUAAGGCAUAUAAACAGGAAUUGUGCUGAAUCUCUCAGUAAUAAGGAACUGCUGCAUUUACGCAUUUACGAAAGAACGUCAAUCGUGCUUUAAGGUACACACCUGUAAACAAAGUUGUUUUAUAAAGAUGUAGACUGAUGUAUGUCAGUGGUAUUAGCGAUCACCAUAAUGUUUUUGUUAAUCUUGUUGUAAUGAUGUAUUAUUGUAUAUUACAGCUUGGCUUAGCUCUCGAGGGCAUUUCUCUCCCCCAUACUUUUUGUCUUUAUAUAUUUUCUGCAGGUUUUUUUUUUUCUUAUUGUUAAUUUCCUACAUCCUUCUAGCUAUUGUAAAACUUCCUAUACUGUAUUGCUUACGCUGUAUCUAUUUAUCAUAUUAUGUGCUGCAGGUAUCAUUAUUUUCACUCCUGUUUUAUUUUUUUUCUUCACAAAACAUCUGGGACGAUGCUUUUUUUAAAAGUGUAUUAUCUCAAAAAAAAAGGAAAAAACGACGUAAAGAUUAAAAAAUUAGGUUAUGUGGUUUAGGUAAAAACACCAGUUUGUAUAUUUAUCUUAGUUAGGUCUAUUUUGAUACUUUUUCUUUUCUUUUUUUUUUUUGUCUCUGUAUUGCAUUUAUGCAUUUUUAAGGAAAAAAAGAGAGAAAACAACAUUUAAAAAAAAAAGUUGAAUUCAUUGUUGCAAUGAUACCUCAGAAGGACUUUUUUUUUCUCAAAGGACAGGACCAAAACCUCAAACAAGGAGAAAGAGAAAAAUACAAAUCCUGAAGAAAAGAAAAAUAUGUAGCCCUCUCUUGCUUUAAAAAAAAAAAGAACUUUGAGGUGUUUGUUGGUCCUUUUUAGGUGCCAAUAGAUGUAUUUGUACAGAUUCCCUUUAAACCAAAUCAUUCCUGUAGUUUGCAGAAACGUCUCAAAGCUGUCGGUCACUUGGCAAUGGUGUUUUAUAUUACAGCGAGUCUGUCUUUAUUCGUCACGUUGGUUCAGAGCCCAGUGGACUGCGCAGCAAGGCUCUCGUUAGCUUAAUUGGCAUUAAUGGCUUAGUAAUUAACAAGAAGCUGAUGUGUUGUUGUCGUUUUCAUGCCAUCACUGAUUCUAUUGAUUCUUUAUACUUUUUUCUUUUCUUUAAAUACUGUCCUCGAUCUCUAAAACAAUGGGACCAUGAUUUCUGCUACAGCCUGUUCUUUUUCUGAAAUCGGCUCUGUUGAUGGUUAUUUAUAAUAUCAUCGAAUUCCUUCCUAGUCAGUGCUAAUUGGUUAGAAAUUUAAAGCUUUUGCAUUGUGGGAUACCAAACAUGAUUCCAGUGUCACUGAAUUACACUUAAUCUGAGUUUAAUCAUGUAGGUCACCUCCUUUUUUUUUUUUACCAUUACUUCUAUUGAGCUGUCCAUCGAGCUCCAUUUCUGUGUGAUUGACAGCUUUAAUGUGACGUUAUCCAGGAAAUGGAUCCUUACCGAGGAGCUUUGCCUGAUGGUAUUAUUAUAUUAUUUUAUUUUUUUGGCCAAUCGAAUGGAUCUACCACUUUAGCUCUUCUUUCAUUUGCAUCUUAAGAAUGUGUGUACAUUUUUUAUCAGCAGUGAUUUCUAUGUACUUAGUUUAGUAUAAAUAUAUAUUUUUUUGUUUACCUUUUUAUUUUGUUUGAAACUUUCGAAUGAAAACUUUAGGGGAAAGAACACAUGGUGGUUCUGAGAUGGUAUUGAAAAAAAAGGCAACUAGCCAGCCACCGUUAUUGUUUUUAACCCUGGGGUGACCGUGUUUAUGCCAGUCACUGCCAUUUUUCUUCAUGCUGUAUAAAAAAAAAAAAAAAACACA